AUGCCUCCCCGUGGCGCGACCAGCCCGCAACGGCGUUCCGUCUUCGAGCCACAAUGCACGCACCUCACCAUGACGCGCAUCUAUGACUCCACCCUUCUCUGUGCGGCCUGCCGUCGCCCCGGACCCAGUGGGUGGAUCUAUCACUGCUCCCAGGAUCGCGAGGAUCUGAUUGAGCACGCCAUAUGUCGAAGAGAAGUGGCGAGUUUCGAUGUCCUAGGCCACCACCUGUCGGAACAGCUGAGAAUCAGAAGAGGCAGCCCAGCAGCUCGGGAAGACAGAUUCAGCUUCUUCAAUGAGAUUUCGCAGAAGCAAAUGUCCAGCUACCGCCCGGAUCAAGUGGCGGCCAUUCUGCGCCAGCGUGAAAACGUUCAGGCAGUCAUCCAGCUUCAGCGGCUUCGCAACGACAGCACCGAAAUCAUCAAUUGCCGCACCUACCCGAGUGUCUUCGAUCGCGCGCCGGGCCCCUUUGAUUACAAGAAGCCCUGGGUCCGCAGCAUUCAAGAGGAAUGCCCGUAUCGCAUUUGUCCUCGUUGCCGGCCUGGGCUGGCAGACAGGGCCUUUCUCGGCCUGAACGCUGUCGCUUGUGGGGAGAUUCCCCCAACAGCCGCCGUUGGUUAUGGCUUUCAUAUCAUGGGAGAGCGCCCCAUCGUUGACGCUGAGAUUCUCAAGAACUUGGGACACCGCUCUGACUUGGCCAGUAGAAAUGAAAAGGCCGGCUUUUCCAAUAUCUUCGACUUACCGAUGCCUUCGCAACGGCCGACGCCGCCUUCACAAACCCUUCCUGGCAGAGGCUCCUUCAGAUCACGCGAGAGUAUUCGACAACUCUUCGAGGAUCCCGUUAAUGCUGGGCAAGCGGCCGGGUCAGACGUCCACGCGCCGCGAAAACCAGCAUCGGGAAAGGACGCUCCUGCCAAAGAUCAAUGGCAGGCCGUGAUUCCUGAUGGAGGAGUUGCCAAAAAGAGCAGUUCGGCCGCAUCGGGGCCAGGCAUGGGAAAGUUCACCCCUUCGCCGCUCAAGGUGGGCCAUGGGAUAGCGGUUCUCGAAGAGAGCGUCGAGUUGGGCGUUCCCGACGUCAUCACGCACGCAUAA